CCGCCCCUAACACCCGUGGCCCGCUGGGUAUAUAAGACGGCUGCAGGUUAGCAGAGGCAGCACUAGCUCCAGCAUGAAGGUCCUGGUUGUGUUUGCUCUCGUGGCCCUCGGCGCCGCCGCUGCCUGGCCCGGCGUUGGGUUUAUGUCGGAUGCCCCAGCAGAUGACUACCAGAUACAACGUGACGUGAACUACGCCUUCUACAAAAUCUUCGAGCCAAUCCGCGACAGCAACCUGCUGGAGAAGGCCAUGACCUUCAACCCAGUGGCGGAUACCUCCAUGUACAAGGACGGAGGCGUCGCCGUCCGGAGGCUCAUGUACGAGUUCACACACGAACGUCUGCUGGAGAAGAAGCACUGCGCUGCCGCCACCAACAAACGCCACCUGGAGGAGGCAAUCAUGCUGUUCGAGGUGUUCAUGCAGUGCAAGGACUGGAACUGCUUCUCCAGCAACGCCGCCUACUUCAGGGAGCGAGUCAACGAGGAGGAAUUCCUCUACGCCGCCUACCAUGCCAUCAAACACUCCCCUCUCACACAGAACGUCGUGCUGCCCGCCGUCUACGAAGUCAAGCCCCACUACUUCACCAAGGCCCAGGUCAUCGAGCAAGCCUACGAAGCCCACGAGAUGAAGCUGAGGAACAUGGUCUUCCAGAACAACUUCACUGGCAACCUCAACGACAUGGAACAGAGAGUCGCCUACUACCGUGAGGACCUCGGCAUUGGCACUCACCACUUCAUGAUCCACCUGGAAAACCCAUUCUGGUGGAAGAACACCUACGGCUACCGCAUUGACAGGAAGGGAGAGAACUUCUUCUACGCCUACCACCAGCUCCUCAACCGCUACGACGCCGAGCGCAUCUCCAACUACAUGCCCCUCCUCGAGGAGCUGAAACUGGACGAGCCCCUGCACGAGGGCUUUGCUCCGCAGACCACCUACAAGUUCGGCGCUCCCUUCCCCAUCCGCAACGACGAUAUCCAGCUGCAGGACGUCGACAGGGUCGGCAAAAUCCACGAGCUUGUCCACAAGGAGGACCGUAUCUACGACGCCAUUGCCCACGGCUAUGUGGAAAGCGACCAGGGAGAAAAGAUCAAUAUCGAAAAUGACAACGGCAUCGCAAUCCUUGGUGACAUCAUCCAGUCGUCUUACUACAGCCCCAACCGCAAGUACUACGGCAACCUCACCACCCUGGCCUACACCAUGCUCGACCGUCAGGUUGACCCCAAGGACAAGUACGACCUGCCCCCUGGCGUGGUCGGCCACAUGGAGCUGUACCCCCGUGACCCCGCCGCCUGGAGGCUGCACAAGCGCAUCGACAACAUCUUCAGGAAGCACAUUGACUCUCUUCCUCCUUACACCAAGGAACAGCUCGAGUUCACCGGAAUUGCCGUCACCGACGUCCAGAUCCAGGGCACCCUCGAAACCUACUUUGAGGAGUACAAGUGGGACUUGGUCAACGCUUUCAAUGACAACAACACUGAAACCGAGUUCUUCGACAUCUACGCCUCCACACCUCGUCUCAACCACAAGGAGUUCUCCUACCAGAUCAAGGUGCAAAACAACAACGGCUCUCCCAAGAAGGCUGUCAUUCGCAUCCUCGCCAUGCCCUACCGCGACGGUAAUGGUGCUCUCAUCCCCUUCGACGAGGGCCGCUGGCUCGCCAUCGAGAUGGACCUCUUCGUCAAGACUCUGACUCCGGGCAGCAACGACAUCGUCCGCAAGAGCUCGGAGGCCUCCAUCACCGUGCCUGAUCCCCUCACCUACAAGACUCUCGUCGAGAAGACCGAGGCUCGCCAGAACCUCGAGAUGUACGAGAGCGCCACCGGCAUCCCCGAGAGGCUGCUGCUGCCCAAGGGUAACGAGGAGGGCGUGCAGUUCAGGCUGUUGGUGGCCGUCACUGACGCUGCUGAGGACGUCAACGAUGAGAGCAUCAUCACCAUGAAGAAGUACCACCACUAUGGCGUGCACGGCGUCCAGCCCGACAAGAGGCCCUUCGGCUACCCGCUGGACCGUCGCAUCCCUGACAAGCAGACCUUCUACGAGGUGCCCAACUUCAAGGAGACCAUGGUCAAGGUCUACAACCACAACGUCUUCAUCGCCCUGCCCCGCCAGUAAAUCUCUUGGAGACUGGUGGAUUCUUCUGUGAUCCUUGAUGCCGGAAGAUGGCGGAUAUGUAUACCAUCUCAUUCAACAUCUCAUCUUAACUUGCAGUAAAAUCGUAACAUCUUUUCAAUAUAUACUGCUUUUGUCAAAGAUGUUUUCAGGCAUCUUUGGUCUUCCAUUUUCAGGAUGUAUUUCUGCUGAUUCUUCGGUGGUGUGCGUUGUGUACUAUUCUGUAUUUCCAUACUUGUUUUUUCAGUGAUUUCACCAUCUUCCCAAUGCUCACCCUAUACAUUCUAUGACAUCAAAAAGAGAAAGAGAUGGAUUACAAGAGGAUUAAUAAAGAAAUAUCGAAA